CCCUUUCCAUCUCUCCCAGGGACCCUGGAGCACCCGCCCUUCCUUCCCCAUCUGGCAAGAGCUGAGCUCUUUUAACUCUUGACUCAAACAUUCACACCUCCCUUGGUGGUCCCCCUGCCACUAUCCCCUUGUCCAGAGAAGGAAACUGAGGCCUGGGGAGGGAAGCCACUGGCUGAGCCAGCGCUAGGGCAAGUUUUGAACAUAUGGACCACUUGCCAGCGGGCUGAUGAAUUUGGGGUCGGAACUGGCAGCUGUGGCUGUGUCUCCCACCUCGUCCUGAGUCAUCCUCCUGUGUCCUCUAAGCUUGUGUGACAUGGGACCCCAAGCAGGGCUGUGGACCUCACUGUACACAGAUUCAUUUAGAAGCCCCUUGUGCAACCACCUGCCUCCUGUCCACUCAGCCCCCAUUCUCAGGGCAGUAUGUCCAGUGACUAGCUGAUGCCCAGACUCAGCCUGGAGACCCAGCAACAUCCUAGGCAGGGGGAGAAGAAUGUUUUAGAAGCUGGAACUGUGACUUCACCUGGCGUGGGGGACAGCAAGGCCAGUUGUGUGGGGCCUCAAAUGGCAACUGAGGAAUGAAGGGGUGCUGUCAGGUGGGUAGGAGGGGAACACAGCGAGCAAGGGGAGAGGAGGCAGCGAGGCUGGAGACAUGAUGGGGGGCAUGGAGGCGGGAUGAGGAAUGUGAAUAUUCUCUGAGGGCUGGGGAGCCAUAAGAAGCUUUGGGAUGGGGAGUGAUGUGAUCUCGUGUUCAAGUUUUCAAAGCCCCCAUGUCGCGUGUCGAGGAGUUUGGGGGGCAUGAAACUGCUGUAGGCAGCCAGGUGAACAGUGAUGGCAGGCUGGUGGGCAGAGGCGUGAGGGUGGAGAAAAGCAGAGGGAGCUGAGAGAGCAGGGAGGGUCUGGCACAGGCACCCUGCCCUCAGGGCUUCACCUCCAAAAGAGCCCCUCCCCUACUUAGGGCCCUCCUUGCCCCCUCCCAGAAGCAUUCUGGGAGUGUCAGUCCCAGUUCCCUUUGAAACCAGAUCACCUCAGCCCUUCUGGGGCUGGCGGCCAAAUCCUUGGGCCUUGAAGCCCCUCUCGUCUGGGGGCUGAGAUUGGGAGAAGCAAGAGGCACCCUCAUAACUGAGCCCCUCACCCCCAGUCUCACAACUGCCUGAGUCUCCCUCCCCCACCAGCUCAAAUUUCCUGCUGCCCCCACCCCCAGGCUCCAAGCCUGGACCACCUUCUAGCCACGAGUCCCCAUUACCACUCUAAUGACCACUUAGGCAAGAAGAUGAUGUUUCAAAGGCCAAACCUUUGGGACAGAGGAAGAACAGGAGGAAUGGAUACUCUCCCACUCUCCUCCCUCCCUCGUGUGGGGGCAGCAGCCAGAGCUGUCACAAGAUGAAGGUGGAGGAAUGAGCCACAUUCCUGAACGUGCACCUUCUCCAACCUUCUUUCCUGGGAGGUGGGCCGGGCUGCCCUGGGGGCGGUCUUCAUCUGAUUCCACCGUGAGCUCCUUUCCCCCACCUGGUCCUUCAGCCUCUUCCAACGUAGGUGGAAGAAAAGCCCAGAGUGGAAUCUGGCUCUGGUUGCUGAGGUGACUCAGGGCAUGUGGCCGCCCUGUCCUAAGCCUCCAUCUCCCCCAUCUGCAUGGGCCCCCAAAGUGUCUUCCUGACCCAGUUUCUCAGUCUUGCUUGCUCUGCUUCAGCCACACCAACCUCUCUUCUGUCCCUUGAGCCUGCCAAACUCAUUCCCACCACAGGGCCUUGGCCCUCACUGUUAUUGCAACCUGGAUUACCUCCCACAGUGCUCUAGACCUCCUCCUCCAGGAAGCCCUCCCCGACCCCCUAUCCCACAGCAGUCCUCACACCCCAUCUCUGUUCCUCCUGCUGCCUGGCCUGAUCAUGCUGCAAAAUUGGCUGGAAAGUUGUGGUCUCCUGCUCACAGAAUUGAGGAAGGGAACCUCAGGAUUCAUCCCACCAAAUCUCUGCUUCUCCUUCUCUGGUCACAUGCUGUGGCUCUGGAGAUGGACACCAAGGGUGGAAGUCCUGGUUUUCCCACUUGCUUCCUGCAUGACCCUGGGCAAGCAACUUAGCUUCUCUGAGCUGUUGGGUGUUCUUCCAACUCCUCUGGGCCAGGUUCUAUCAUAAUCAUCAUUGUUACACUCUCUAGAGUCUGCUGAGCUAGGGGCAGGUGCUGUUCCCCAGCAGGAAGGGGUCCUGCCUAGGAGAAGCUGGCAUCAGGUCUUAGACCCUGCCCAGCUGCCCCAACCCCUGACUUGGGUGAGGAGCAUCUUCUGAUCCUCAAUGCCAGCUCUCCCUCUCUGCAGCCACCAAGCCGGUGCCCUUUGGAAGCCAUCUAGGCCAGGGCCAGCUUGGUCUUGGCACUUAGAAGGGCCCAACACUUGGUUUAAUCUGCUGUCACUACCUUAAAAUUCUUAAUAAUUUUUGAACAAGGGGCCCCACAUUUUCAUUUUGCACUGGGCCUGGCAAAUCAUAUAACCUGUCCUGCCUUCACUUUGCAAAGGAGGAAGCAAGGUUCAGAGAGAUGAGAUAGACCCAGUAACUCAGCGAGUUGGUGGCAGAGCUUUACCUCAAGCAGAGGCCACAACUAUAACUGUCCUUGAAGAAGGGUCACCAAUGGAUCUCAGAGCUGUGGGCCCCACAUCCACCCUCCUAAGUGAGCCAUCAAUCCCCUCUGCAACCUUCAAAACCCACUUCCCCAGCCACCCUUCGUCCAGUCUACCCACUCCAGCGUCCUGAAGCUCGCUCAAUGGUUUCCAUUUCCUGAAAUCCGUCCAUCGCGCCCAUCAAAGUCCUUCACGCUGCAUUCCGCUUUCUGGGUUCCUCCCGCCUUCCCGGCUGGGGGCGUCAGUGUCACGCUCUGUCUCCCACGCUUUGGGGCAAUAGAACCAACAUGCGCCGCCACGCGCUUCUUCGACCACCAGAGGGCGCCCGUACCUCAGGUUUUGGCUCAAACCGCCCGCUGCUUAGGCUUCUGUUCAACCGCGUGCGCGUUGAGUGGGGAAACUGAGGGAGGAUCCCCGGCUCUGGGCUGCGGAAGCUGCACGAGGGUGGCUCGGAACCUCGGUGGAACAUUUCUGGCUCCAUCUGAGUCUCUGUCUCUAGGUCCUUUCUCCAUCUCUCUGUGUCUCUGAGGUUCUCUCCCCACUCUGUCCCCCAGCGCCGCGGAGGCGGCUGCUCUGGAGCGGGAGCUGCUGGAGGAUUAUCGCUUUGGGCGGCAGCAGCUGGUGGAGUUGUGCGGCCAUGCUAGUGCCGUGGCUGUGACCAAGGUACCUGACUUCUCACCCUCAACCUUGACCCCAAUAAGAUGGCCAGCCUACCAGAGCCAAGGCUAGCUGCAUGACCACCAUGGCUAGGAUGGGCUUGUCCUCAGGAACCCUCUUUGCUUGGGGCCACCUCAGCGCAUCACUCAGAUGGGGAAACUGAGGCCCAGAGAGGAUCAUCAAUGGGACAGGCCAGGGUGACAUUGAGCAUCAGGGCAGAGACAGGGUCCCCAGAGAUGUGAGGCUGGGGAGCAGAGACUGAGCCAUCGCAGGGACAGGUCUGGGGCCCUUGAGGUGCAGACUUGACUGCUUGUGUCUGCCACCUCCUGAGUCUCAGGCACAGGGGACAUCAGCUCCCACAGUCUGAGCACCCCCCAAACGACCCUGUGCCACAGGUGGGGAAAUUGAGGCCCAGAGGCUGGGAGGGGCUGCCCAGGGCCCCAGGGGGUGGGAAGCAGAGCUGUAUCCAGCUUUGGGGCAAACCUGCAGCCCUCGAGGGACCUCCAAGAGACUCAUGCUAUCCAGGGUUUCCAGCCAUGUUGCCAUACCAUGCAGGGCCUCAGUUUCAUCCUCUCAAGAAAGGGUUAUAAAUUGACUCCAGUUAAACUCCCGCCUGACCCUUCGUGACCAACUGUCCGGUUUUUGCCCUGAAAACCCUGCUUCCGUCCAGGAGCCCCUCGGUCCCAGCCACCCAGACGCUAUCACUCUCCCUCACUUGCGUGUGGGACUCGGCUCUGGGCCUGGUGUGGUGGGGGCACAGGCAUCAUCAGGGUUGGGCAGGGCCUCGCUGAGACCUUGGAGUGGAGACUCAAAAAAGGGAAUAACUUCCCCUCUGUGUAGUUGGAAGUUAGAACCUGGCUGGGCCCCCCUGCACACCCCCCUGCCCCCCCAGCCACCUCACAUGCCUGGCAGCCAUUGUAACUCCCAUUUGAUGGAGGCAAAAUUGAGGCUGGGAGAGGAGAGGGGGCCGAGGCGACGCAGAGUCAGGGCAGGGCUGGGUCUGGAACACCGGGACUCUUACCUCCUGUGUUAAAGAGAGACACACAGGCCCACAGAGACACAGAGAGUCUGAGAGAGAGAGACUGACAAAGAGAAAAACAGAGACGAAGACAGAGAGAGACUAGAUGGAAAGGGACGGCUGAGAGAUGGAGAGACAAGGUGUUCCCCUUGCCUGCUCUCUCUCGGAAGCAGAGGAUGGUGCUGGUUGUGUGCGGCCCGGAGCAGAACGGUGCAGUGGGGCUGGUCUGUGCCCGGCACCUGCGGGUGUUUGAGUACGAACCGACCAUCUUCUACCCUACACGCUCCCUGGACCCGCUGCACCGGGACCUGACUACCCAGUGUGAGAAGAUGGACAUCCCCUUCCUGUCUUAUCUGCCCACGGAGGUCAGCGUUCCGUGGCAACUGGGAUGGGAGGUGGGGGACGGUGCCCUAAGGCUGCCCCCUGACCCUGCCUGCCAUCCCAGGCUGGGACGCGGAGACCGGCGGCGACGCCGAGGACGGGCUGCGGCCGGACGUGCUGGUGUUGCUGGCGGCGCCCAAGCGCUGCGCCGGCCGCUUCUCCGGGCGCCACCACUUCGUGGCCGGCAGGUUCGUGCCCGACGACGUGCGCCGCAAGUUCGCGCUGCGCCUGCCGGGCUACACCGGCACCGACUGCGUGGCGGCGCUCUGAGCCCGCGCCCCCGCGGCCGGACCCGCGCCAAUAAACAGCCGUCCGCCGCCACCUCGCCUCCGCGUCCUCUGUGCGCCGGGCCCGCGCUGGGCGCGCAAACUCGGGGUGGGGGGUCCUUCCCACCGGCCCCCGGCGGCCCAAGGCGGGAGAGCUAGAGGGUAGACACAGGGUGGGACUUCCCGCUGGCCUCCGAGAAAACUGGAGCCAGAAGAGUGGUGGGUAGGUAGAUUCAGGGUGGGACUUCCAGCCUGCUCGGGGUAGGGGGGGCCUAAAACCAACUGGAUCGAAGUCAGACUCGAUGGAAGACUUCGAGCCGCCCAAAGGGCCGCCUAAAGCGCGAAGAUUGGGGCAGCUUCAGGCUCGAUUCCAAGAGGCACCUCCCGCAGGCAGCUUGGGACCCAACGUGGAGAGUGGAGGGUGGGCUGAGGGAGGGACUUCCAGCCGGCGACGGGGGAAGCAGGCCAGCCAGCCUGAGGGCGGAGGCACAGCCAGACUCACCGAGGGGGGCGACCCAGAGAGGUUGCUCGCACACCGAAGUCACCCAGGGCCGAGGAGGGUCUCUUGGACGGGGCGGGGCCUGGACGGGGCGGGGCCUGCGGUCGCGUUCGCCCCCACUCUCAGCCCCAGCGGCAGCCAGACCUGCAGGAGUCAGACCCGAGCGCGCCGCAGAGCCUAGACCCUUCCUCGGACGC